AUUAAUCCAGUAUGUAUUGAUUACAAGCCAAUUAUAUGGCUAAUAAAGCUAAGAUCAUUUCAGACUUUUUAAUAUUCUCCAUAAAGAUUUUGCAUAUUUUUUCUGUGUGUGAUUUAUUCUUAGAUAACUUGAUAUUUGUUGAGGUCAUGAUCAUUUCAUCUUUUAAAAGAAUAUUUCACUUCAACUGUCUGUUGAUGGUAUGAGGAAAUGGAAUGGGUUGUUUUGCACUUAUUUUGUGUCUAGAAACCUUGCUAAAUAAUCAUAUUUUAAGAAUGUAUUGAAGAAUACUUUUGGAUUUGCUAUGGAAUCCAAUCAUAAUCUGUGAAUAAGGGCAGUUUUAUUUUGUGCUUUACAAUGUUACAUCUUUUAUAUCAUUUUCUUGCCCUAUUGUGUGAUUGGUGAAAGCCUCCAAAAAACAGAGUGAGAUGUUUUUUGCUGAUUUGGUCCCAAACUCAAGAGGGAUGAUUUCAAUUUAUCAUUGAUAGGUAUUAUACUUGCCCUAGAUUUUUGCAGAAACUUUUUAUCUGGAAAAAAAAUGUUGCAUUCUGUCCUCAGUUUGCUGCAAACAUUUAUUAUGAAUAGAUGUAGGAUUAUAUCAAACUUUUUUUCCUUCCGGUGUUUUUCCUUUAAUCUGUUAAUGUGUUGAUUACAUUAAUUGGUUUUCUAAUAGUUCAUUAUUGGAGUCUCACUGACUAUGUAACCCAUGGCAGUUUGGCUUCUAUUCAGUUAAACUCUUUUUACGUUAAUACCAGGAAGCAUUGAUUACUCUCUUCUUGAAACGCUCCUUGCUCUUGGUUGCUUUGAACUCUCAUCUCUUGGUUUCCCUUCUCCGUCUGACUGCCUUUUGUCGUUCCUUUGGAUUUGUCACUGUCUGUGUUCCUUGGGGCCCUUGGAGCUCAUCACCUCUUAGGGAACCAAGUGUGUGCUGCUGAACCCCAAAUCUCUGCUUGUAGUCCAGUUCCUUUUCUGAGCUGUAGUCACAAAUAUCCAAGUGCCCACUCCGUCUUUCUGCUUGGAUGACUUCAAAUUAGUCCAAAAUGUUCAAAACAGAAUUCAUCAUCUUCUAACUUUUCUUCUUUCCCCUACUCCUUGCUUCCAAACCUGCUCUCCUUCAGGGAUUUCCUCAGGUCACAGUAUUAAGUGCAUCCAGGUGUAGAAGCAGCAGCCAGAAUGUCAUGCUGGCUUCCCCUCCUUUUCACAGGCCCCAAAUCCAUCACCAAGCCUUACUGAUUCUAUUUCCUAAGUGCUUCUCAUAGCAGUGAAUUUAUUUUCAUCUCUGGACAAUAAUCUAGUGAAAGCUACCAUUCUCCUCUUGAAAAUACUACCAAAUCUCUUUAUCUUAAGCCUUGCUCCAUCCAAUAAAUUUCUUCCUUCCUUCCCUCUAGUGAGCUGGAUUACAUUUGUAAAAAGGUCUGACACAUGGCAGGACUCACAAAAUACAUUCACAUUGAAUAAUAGAUAAAUUAGAUUGUAAAUUUUCUACAGAAAGAAAGUAAAAUAUUUGGAUUCAAAUAAUAUAAUAUUUCAGGUGAGGAGGAAAGUACAAAUCAGUGAAAAAGAUUCUGGCCCAUAUUUGCAUGCUAACAUAUUUGACUUUAACUUUUUAAUCAUUACCAUGAGUGGAAAGUUUCAGUUCAUGCCAAUGAUAAAUGGACACACAAGCUGUUUGGUUGGGAAAUUCGUAGCUCUUUCAAAGAAAUAUAAACAUUUUCAUGAAAGUAUGUCAGACUAUAUACCUUAGUAGAUCUUUCUGGAUUAAGAUCUGCAUUACAAAAAAACAGAAAGAUUUCCUUAGAUAUAUAUGAAACUAUAUCCAACAGCAAGAAGUUCAGCUUAAGACUGAAAUUGCAAUAACAGCAAAGAGGAUAAGGACAAGAAAUGCAUACUAUUCUGCAACAGUUUGGUUAUAAAAUUUAUUAUUGAGACAUAGUAUUUGGAAUUUGGAUUUUUUCUUUUUUUAAUAGAAAAUGUUCCCUGGAUUGGAUGUAAUCUUUGUGAUACUGUCAAUAGUGGAAAUCAUAAUUGAAAUGUUGGGGAAUGUGUAUGGACUGGUAAACUGCUCUGAAUAGGUCAAGAACCAAAAGACCUCUUUCGCUGACCUCAUCCUCACCUGCCUGGCUAUCUCCAGAAUCGGUCAGCUGUUCGUGUCAUUGUUUGAAUCAUUAAUUACGAGAUUGUAUCUACAUUUAUUUUCCACUUACGGACAAGCUAGCAAAACCUGUUACUUUGUUUUGGAGAAUAAUCACUUGACUGCCUGUUGGGCUACCUGCUUAAGCAUUUUUUACCUCCUUAAGAUAGUGGAGAAAUGACUCCACUCACUUUUCCUCUUGCUGAAGGGGAGAAGAAACAGAGCGAUUCUUGUGAUUCUUUAUUUGUUCUUUCUAAGUUUUGACUUUCUAUUGCUAGAAACAUUUAAGGAUCUCUUCUUGAAUGUCUCUGCAGUAGAUGCCAGCAAUCUGACAGCCAUAUUUGGGUGAAAAUAAACUAUCUAUGUCAAAACCGUGGUCAUUCGUAGCUUGACCUGUUUCAUUCCUAUUGUCCUGUCCCUCAUCUCAUUGCUCCUUUUAUCGGUACUUGUAAGAAACAUCAGAGAUUUGCAGCUCAACAACAUGGGCUCAAGGGACUCCAGCACAGAAGCCUAUAAAAAGGCCACGAAAAUGGGGAUGUCUUUUCUUUCCCUCUUCAGGGCUCAUUUUUUCCCCACAUACUUGGCAAAUUGUAUGUUUCUUGUAUUUUGGAACAAGUUUACCAAGUUUGUCAUUUUAGCAGUCUAUGUUUUUCCCUCAGGCUACCCAUUUAUUUUGAUUCUGGGAAACAGCAAGCAGACAGCCUUGAAGGUACUAUGGCAACUUAAAAUCUUGAAAAGAGAACAUCCUUUGCAGCUCCACAGAAAGACUUUCCGGAGUCUUUUCAAAGAUAAUAACCUAAUGGGGGGGCCUUGGAGGAUCAAUUUCAUUUCUCCUGUUUUUUUUUUUUACUGGGUUCCUAAAAAAAUUAGUGAAGUUUUCCCUAGAACACAUUACUUUUGAUGAUAAUUCACAGAUAGUCAACCAAUAUAAUUUUAAAAGUCAUCAUUUUUGUUUAAAACAUUGGUUACCAAUAUUUUAAAGUCUCACAUAUUUUCAAAGAGAAUCUAAAUUAUUUAAUAGCAUAUGCAAAAGAUGUAUGUAAUUGCAACUCCUAGGUGGGGGAAGAGGCAUGCAGCUCUUUAGAAAUAAAGAUAAAUUACAAACUUCAAUAAGGUAAAAGAUCUAUAAAAUAUUUUUCCUCUUUUUGCUUCAUAUGAGAAGGUAUACCCAAUUUACCUUGCUCAAUAUAUGAAUGGCCUCCAUUCCGCUUUCUUGUUUACUGAUGUAUGCUACUAACUUACUGUGAAUAAAUCCACAUACUUGGUGCUUGAGAGCCAUUAGGAUGGUCAAGGAUUUCUAAUGUUUACUGUAGAUCCCUCACUAGGAUAGAAACUAGCAGGGUGCCUGCUCUCAGAUGUAUUGCAAUUAAGCUACUAAGAAUGCCAUAGUUUCUUAUCAUUUGCUGUAGACAUGAAAGAAAGUCCUUUGGCCUUUCCAUUGUCCCAACAGCACUGUUGAGAUUUAUAUUUGUGGGCAGUGGAGGUAGGGAGGAAUUGACUUCAGCUGAAAAAAGAUUCAUGACCUGGCCUGGUGGUAAUCCCGCUGGGGAAUAGGCUAUGAGGUUUUCUUGUAAAAACUGCAAGUUCCCUCGUGCAUAGUAAUACAAGAAGUGCACUGAUGUGACUCAAUCCAACCCAGCUGGUGGGAAUUCCGAGAGCUGUGGCAGGGGUUCUUUUUCCUGGCCUGGUGUCUAGAACCUUCCAAUUUACUCUUCACACUACUUUCCAAGUCAAAGUUUCUGGCAUGUUCCUCUCCUUUUGUUCCUGUAUUCCUAAACUUUCCAUUGCCACCCCUUUAUGUCUCCAUGUAUGUAAGUCCUAUUUUCUUCUUGACUCUAUCAAAUGCUAUUGAUGGUCCACCAGGAAAAGCCCCCAUUAGAAUAGGACUGUAAGAUUUUGUAACAGCAAAUUCAUUUAGGCCUCCUCAGUGCGGUGAUGAGCAGUUUCAAAAUUUGGGAUUACCUUACCUCUACUCCUUCAGGGGAAGGAAAGUGCUGCCUUUCCAUCCUAAGGGAAGCGUCCUUUCCUCUGCCUCCCUCCAUCUUCUUCCUUUCUUUCCCCUACAAAUAGGCCAAACAACUUUAGGAAGCAGCAAGUAUAAAAUACUUGAACUUAUCAAAUCAUAUUGAAAAUUUACAAUCUAAUAUAUGAAGCCUCCAAUAAUUAUAUUUAUAAAAGAUAUUGCCAACUAUUACCUAGGUAAUACUUGUUUGAAAGUUUGAGAAAACAGGAUUAUUCAAAAAAAGAGCUGACUCCCUCAUCAAGCAUAUCUUUAGAGAUAAACUUGAGAUUCAACUGAGGUUUGACCUGUUACUAUGACCUUGGGAAACCUCCUUAAAUCUGUUUCCUUAUCUGAGAAAUGAUGAUGAAAUGUCUUCCUCAUGAGGUACAUGUGAGAAUUAUGGAGAUCAUGUAUGUAGUAACUUUUCAUAGUUCCUGGUAUUAAAAACUCAGUAAAAUAAAAAAAUGAUGUUGAUAGUGACUAUACGUUCUUUUAGCUAAGUAAUGACAGUUUUAUCCUUUCCUAAGAAUAUUUGUUUCCUAGUCCUUAAAUUAUGUGUUACUAUGAUCAUUAUUUCCCUUUUAUAAUUAAACUCUAACACAGUCACCAUUCCCAAGCAUUUUUGUAAUGCUUCAUAGACGUUUUUUUGCUUCUUCAUCUUGAGGGAAUGCUGGAUAAAUCACUAUUCAUGGUGGCCUGAAAAAGCUCAAUUUAUGGGCGGUAGACAAUCUUAAUAGCAGGAGCAAAUGUACCUUUAUUUCCUUUAUUGACUGAUGACUAUAUGUAGAAAACCAACUAAUUUGGCAUUCAUUCAACAGCACUUACUAUCUACUUUGCAUUAGGCAAUGUUCUGGAAUGGGUAUGGAGAAAUAAAUGAAAAACCUUGGGCUUCAUGGAUAUUACCUGGUGGGAUGCCAAGAUGAAUAACAUUACUUGUAAAUUAAAACAGUAAGUGGUUUAGUAGGGGCAAAAAUCUUUUCUCCCCUGGGAAACUAUAUGGAGUGGUAUUUUGUAGGAAGAAAAAUAGAGAUCUAGGUUUAAGAGUAAUUGUGAAGAGUAAGUGGUAAAUCAUGGAGCUUUCACUCAGUUCCUACUAUAUAUUUGUGAAUACUAAGGCUGUAAAAUUGGACAGGAUACAGAGCUUCCAGUCUAUUAGGACUAUAUGAUAAACCGCAGUUGUAAAGUGUCUUAGAUUCUUCAAUGUAAAAGACCAAUCUGAAGAAAAAAGGUUGAGGCAGGCACUUUCAUGUAGCCACCCAAUGGAGCACCCUUGUAUCUCACCACUCCUGGCCUAAGGGCACUCACAUUCUUUUAUGUACAAAUUGGGACUUAAGUGCCCCUAGGGAAUAGUGAUGCUCACCAUUUGCAAGUCCAUUGGCAUUACUGAAUUAUUUCAUCAGUUAAAUUACAGUUCUUCUAUUUUAGGCUAAAUUUAGUUUCUGAGCUCUAUCACAGCAAUACAUAAUUACUAAGAGAAGAGAUCACAGAACCGUUGGAUAUCUAAAAAACACAUCAGAUUAUACACUAUUAGGCAAAAACAAGGGAGCCUAUAAUGGCCUUGGUUGUUACUAACACAGCCCUUAGGUGGAGUACAGGAAAUAAUUUCUGAUCUAGUCAGAGGAAUCUGGGGAAAAUACUUAGUGGUAAAAGUGGCAUCUAGGUUUAGUCUUAAAACACAGGUAUAGUCCACAGGCAGAAAAAAAAAAAGGCAAAAGAAAUUAAAGAUG